AUACUUGUAUAUUGUCUUAUAGUUUUUAUACUUGUUUUUUAUGUAAGCACGAAGUACCGCAGCAAUUUCCUAAUGCUGUGAACCUGUUCACCCAUAUGGCAAUAAAACCGUAUGAUUCUGAUUCUGACACUGAGAAAAGAGCACAGUAAGCUGUUGGAGACAUAUCUUCGCUUGAAAGAGAGCGCAGAAGCCUUAGCUGAAACAGAAAACCUAGAAAGCUCAGAGGGUGCACUUGAGGAAGUUCUCAGAGAGAAAACUGCAGGGCUGGUUGUCUUACAGGCUCAAGUACAAGCUCUGGAGGAGAGUGCAUCAUCCAGAGUGGAAGAGUUAGGCCUUCGGAUCACAGAGCUGGAUGACUUGGUCAGUGAAAAAGACUCUGAGAUAAGCCACUGUCGCCUCCUUCUGGAGCAGUCUCAAAGUCAUGCAGAAGGUCUUCAAAAGAGGGUCUCUAACCUAGAGGACAAUCUGAGGGAAAAAGUGGCUGCAGCGUUGGUCAGCCAAGCCACACUUGAGGCCUUCCAGCAGCAGCAUCAGUCAGUGGGAACAAAACAAAAGCAGGACCUGCAGAAACCUCCUGAGAGACACGUGGAGCUGCUCAGCUAUGAGUUUGGAGAUUUUGGCAUUCCUCAAAUGGACUUCAGCGGAUUGGGUCAAGCAAAGCAAGUCCCCACAGGGAAGGUGGUUCAUCUUACGCAGAAGCUCCGGGAGCUGGAGGUCGGACUCAGUGGGAUGCAAAAAGACCAGGAACUCCAGAAGCAGCUGCUCUCCAGCUCUGAGGAGGAGGUGCUUGAGUAUGAAAGGAGGCUGGCAGUGCUCAUGGAUCUGCUCAGUCAGAUGAAGCCGGGAGUUCGCCAGAGGACAUCAUUGUCUGUGGAGGCCUCCUCUGAUGUCCAGCAGAAUGUGUCGCAGCUUCUUCAGGAGUUACAGGAGGUCAGAGAGGAGACUUCAGCCACCAAAGAGCAGCUGGAGAGCUACAAGGAGAGCUGCAGCAGACUUCAGGAGGACCUCCAUGAAAAAACUUUAACAAUAGAGAGGCUUCAGGAGCUGCUCCAAAAGACGUCAUCUAAUGAUGGUGAUGAGACGAAGGUGUCUGAGCUUAAACAGGAACUAACAGAGGCUCAGAGUGAAGCAGCGGCCACCAAAGAAGAGCUGAACAGCUGCAAGGAGAGCUUGGAGAAACUGCAAGAGCUGCUGCAGCCCAAAGGCAACAAAAUCCUGCUAAUACAGCACCUGGAGACCACGGAGCUCUCACCUGUUCCCACCUGCAGAGCUACGACCCCGACCGAGCGCUCACCGACUACAUCUCCAGACUGGAGGCCCUGCAGAGGAGGCUGGGGAGCGUGACAUCAGGUAACACAUGCAGUUCAGGUUACAUGCAUCACGUGGAGUUACAGCUUUCUUUAUCACCUCAAAUUUUUUUAAAUAAUGUCAUCACGUAAAAACUGCAUUUUUAUGUACUCAGGUUAUCUUUGUGUAAUACAGUUUGUUUGUUCUCAAACCUGCAAGUUAGACAAAUAUGCAAGAAAAUAAGAACUCGGGAAGGGGACAGACAAUCAUGUAUAUUUGUCUAAUGCUAAUUUAAGACUUUGUGAUUAAUUUAUAUGUUUGUGUUGUAUGGGUGGAGCGUUACGUAGAGGAUGUUUGGGUUUAUUGUUAAGGAGGCUGCUACUGGAUACUCUACACUACACUGUGUUUUGUUUAGGCCGGACAGACUACAGAGGACAUUUGUAGAGAACGUAUUUUUGUAAAGCGUAGGAGCUUUGAAUUUUCUGGGUAUUUUGUCAAAAACUGAAUUAAAGAGGACUACAUUAUUUCAAA